AUGUAUGGGGUUUAGCGAAAUGGUCAUGAGAUGCGGUACACACUGAACUACUCUGCUAGAGAACAGAUAAGGAUCUGCAGAGUUUUGUGGACGAGCAAGAUGCUAACGCAGUGGAGUUUUGCUGUGCUCUUACUAAGCAUCCCUUUACCUGUCCAAGGGCAAGCCAUACAUGCUCUCAGCAACAGAAUGAGACGGUCAGUGAGUCACGCCCAACUUAUGCAUGACCGAGGACGUUAUUUGCAGGACAGGGGAAGACUACUCUUGAUGCAGGAGCUUUUCAACCAGGCAAACACUGCCAAUGUGUGGGAACCUCCGUCCAGCAGUGGAGCCAACAUCCAACAUGUAACCUGGAGUGCCCAAGAUGCCAAGGACUUUCUUUUAAACAUUCAGAUAGAGAGCGCAGGCACAAUCGACACCCUACCACAGGAGACCAACAAAGAGCAGCCAGCUGCCACUAAAAGAAAGAAGAGGUUAUGUUUGGGGAAGUGGAGAGAGAGCAAUAAACGAAGAAGACGGCCAUGCUCGUUACAAGCCCAAGCAGCGUUAAGACCUCACUAA